AUGAACCAUUUUAGUUCCCAAUGGGGAAAUGGUGAUUUCCCCAUUGGGAUCCCUCGGUGUGUUUCCCAAGGCCAUUUUAGGGUACCGCGUUUUCUCAUGGUGUCUCUCUUUUUCCGAAAACCCUGCGUACAAGCAAUUGUUUAUACUAAAAUAUAUUUGUACGGAUUACUAGUGCUGAAAAACAUCUGUACAGACUCACUGCGAAUCCACUUACCAGAAAUAGAAAGUACGACUAUAUCUGACUUCCAGGACACCUAUAGUACAAAUGGCCAGAAAACUCACCUGGUUGAUAUUUCUGAGAAUUGGGGCAGUUUUGUUAUCCUAAAGGAAUUUCACCUUCAACGGUGUCUUUCAGAGUCGUUCUCAUUUUUCCUUCGGAUGAACGUUACGGAGAUUUCCUACCGUUCAUUGUGUUCCAUCUUCAAAACAUGCCAAAUUCAAAAAACUCAGAGUCCGAGACGUGUCAGUUGGGUGAAGGACCGACAGAGGGAAAGAAACCCACGGUUUUGUCCACCCACUCUGAGUGAAUUCCACUGUUUUGAUUAUUUCCCUUCGACACAUUCCAAUAAACCCCGAAGCGUUGUUUUUCUUGAACGAUUUCGUACGAAAUAUUCCUUCAACCUUCUUUGUACACACGUAUUCCCCUUUCUUCGGAAUCCUCUGAAAGGAACUCAGAAACUUUUCUGGACUCUUUCUUUCCCACUUUUUGAAUUUGAAUUUCUUUACCAUUCUCACAGAAACUCUCGGUAA